CUGAGCAGGAGGAAAGUGGGGGUGGGGAGGGAGAUGGUGGCCAGGGAGGACGGCAGGAAAGGGUGCUAAGGGACUAGAGCCCCCCUCCCAGGAUGCUCCAGGCAAAGUGGAGCCCCCACAGGAGCCCCGAGUACAAAAGUCAGGAGCGGCGCUGGGUGCGCCUGGGUGGGAGGGCGGAGAGGUGGGCAGGCACACAGCGGCCGCUACCGCAGUACGCGGCAGCGGUGCAGUCCCUGGGUCCACGCGUCCUUCCGGAGCGGCAGCAGGUACACGUGCCAUGAGGGUCAGGAGCCUGUCUGCUGUGGUCAGCGCCGUUUCUCCAGGGCCUGGCACGUGCUCGCGUUCGCUGCGGCACUACCCACCUCCGAGAAGUCUGAGGGCAUGAGCUGCCGGCUCACGGAGCAGGAAACUGACUUUCCCAGUUCUGCUUUUCGCCUGGAACUCGAUUUUGAUUACGAGUCUUCCUUGAAGUGACAGGCUCGUUUUGUUCACGUUGGAGAGGUACCUGCCAAGUACAAGUCUGAGUGACCCCUGAGGCCAGUGACCCGCAGACCAGCAGGAUGCGUGACUGGCACCAGAUUUUUGACCAGAACGUGCUGGUGCCUCCCCACCCACACAGAGCACGCCAGCCCUUAAAGGACUCGACGGCGUUUCAGUGCGUCCUGAAGUGGCUCGAUGGGCCGCUAAUUAAGCAGGGCGCGCUGGAGAUGCUGUCGGAGCUGGGGUGCCAUCUUCGCGUGUCUCUGUUCGAUGUCGCCUACCGCCACUUCUUCGGGAGGACAUGGAGGAGCGCAGCGAGGCCCGUGGAGCCGCUCCCCAGGCAGCCGUCCAGGAUUGUCCUGAAUGAGCCCGUGUACUUCCACACGUCCUUGAGCCACCCGAGCAUCGUGGCCGUGGUGGAAGUGGUCGCCCACGGCAGGAGACGGGACGGGACCCUCCAGAGCCUGUCGUGUGGGUUUGGGAUUCUUCGUAUCUUCAGCAGCAAAACGGAGUCUCCCCGCAUGGCCUCCCAGGACAGACGGUUGAGACUGUAUCACGGCACCCCCAGAGCCCUGCUGCACCCCCAGCUGCAGGACCCCAUCGAACAGAGCAAGCACCUGACGGCCAUCGAGAGCUGCAGCCUGCAGUACACGCUGCAGCCGCUCCCGCCCGGAGCCCNNNGCUGUCCCCUCCGCCUGCUGGUUGGUCUGACCUCCCAGGAACGGGGUCUGGUUGUUCCAGGUGACGCCCUCCGGAAGCCGCGCCUGCAGAAGUCGGUCACGUGGUACCUGGACGAGGUGUUCUUCACGCUGUACCCCUCCCUUGAGAAAUUCGAGGAGGAGCUUCUGGAACUCCUGAUCAGCGACCACUUCCGGGAGGGGGACGGCCCGCUGGACAGCAGCGCCCUGGAGAUCGCCGAGCGGCGUCUGUGUGUCGGUGCGCACAACGGUCUGGGCUUCGUGCAGAGGCCGCAGGUCAUGGUGCUGGUGCCCGAGAUGGACGUGGCCUUGACGCGCUCUGCCAGUUUCAGCAGGAAAGUCGGCUCCUCCUCCAAGUCCAGCUCUGGAAACCAGGCUCUGGUCCUGAGGAGCCACCUCCGACUCCCCGAGAUGGUCCAUCACCCCGCCUUCGCCGUCGUCUUCCAGCUGGAGUACGUGCUAAGCAGCUCCUCGGGAGUGGAUGGCAACGCGGCUCCCGCCUCCGCCGUGGGGAUCCGGCCCAACCCCGGGCGCUGUCUGGUCUAUAAGGUGCCCCCCGCCAGCAUGAGCUCCGAGGAGGUGAGGCAGGUGGAGUCGGGGACCGUCCAGUUCCAGUUCUCGCUGAGCCCCGACGGACCCCCGGACACCCCAGGGCAGCCCCGGCUGGAGCGGCGGCCCUCGAGGAGGACGCCCACGUGCCCCACAAGCCCGCCAGUGCCGCCGCCCCCGGGGCUCGCUGCCUCCCAGGACUCGCCGGUGGGACCAGGGCUGUCCCUGUCCCAGCUCGCAGCCUCCCCACCGUCCCCCACUCGUUGCCGCUCGGCCAAGCCCUCUUCCCAGCAGCCCGCCAGCUCCGAGCCCUCGGGGGCCCAGGCGGAGCUCCCCCUGGAGGGCGGGAUCGCGCACCUGGAAGCUGACCUGAGCCCCACGCCCGUGGUCCCGGGAACCUGUGUCGCCGAGCAGUUGCAGGAGCUGCCCUUCGCCCCCGUGCACGCCCCCAUCGUCGUGGGGGCCCAGGCCCGGAGCUCCGGAGGCAGGCGCUUCCCCGAGAUCCUGGACGCCAGCCAGCAGCCGGUGGAGGCCGUCAGCCCGGCGGACCCCGUGAAGUUCAGCCUGCAGAGGGAGGAAGCCGAUCGUCUCCGGGGCAACGAGGUGGUGCUGCAGUUCCUUGCCUUCAGCAGGGUGCCCCAGGACGACCCGGGAACGCCAUGGCCGCGCACCGUGUAUUUCACCUUCCAGUUCUACCGCUUCCCGCCCGCCACGACCCCGCGGCUGCAGCUGCUCCCGCUGGACGGGGCCGGGAAGAGCCGCUCGGGCCCCCUGUCACACGUCCUUGUUCCCACCAGUCACCACGGCUCCUCCGAUGCUGGGCCUCCGGGCUUCCAGCUGAGGUACCUGGUGGACCCCGGGUUCCUGAGGCCCGGGGAGCGGCGCUGGUUCACCCGCUACCUGGCCGUGCAGAGCCUGCAGGUGGACGUCUGGGACGGAGACUCCUUGCUGCUGAUCGGCUCGGCCGCCGUGCACCUGAAGCACCUCCUCCGCCAGGGCCGCCCGGCUGUGCAGGUCUCCCACGAGCUCGAGGUCCUGGCGACCGAAUACGAACAGGACGCAAUGGUGCUGAGUGGAGACGUGACUGCGUCUGGCAGCAUCAGGCCGAUCGGCGUCCACACGGUGGUGAAGGGCCUGCUGCACCUGACCUUGGCCAACGUGGGUCACCUGUGUGAGCAGACAGGGAGAGAGGUCAGCGCGCUGCCACCUUCCCGGUUGCGGGUCAUCUCGAAUGAGGGAGCCGGCCGCUUCGACGGAGGCAGCCUCCUCAUGCGCGGGGCCCCGAGACGGGUGAAAAACGUGGUCCAGGCACAGAAGCUGGCAGAUGUGGACAGCGAGCUGGCGGCCAUGCUGUUCACGCCCCUGCCUCCGGGGAGCAGGGGCCCACGUGAGCGGGGGAGGGGUGAGUCCAGGAGAAACCUGGACUUCGGGGUGGGGUGGGGGAGGUGGUAGGAAACAGCUUCGAGGAGCGCGGCCCAGGAUGUGGCCCUGGCUCGGGCUGGUGUCUUGCAGGCUCAACAGAACGUCCGGGCUCAGCAUGUGCGGGACCUGCAGGUCAUCGCCGCCUACCGGGAGCGCACCAAGGCCCAGAACAUCGCCAGCGCGCUGAGCCUGGCCAUCACCGUGGAGCACACCCUCUACGCCUCGCUGGGCACCGCGGAGUUCUUCGAGUUCGCCCUCAGGAACCCCCACAACACGCCGCACACUGUGACCAUCGAGGUGGACAACCCUGAGCUCAGCCUCAUCGUGGACAGCCAGGAGUGGAGGCACUUGAAGGCCGCGGCCGGCCUGCACACGCCUGUGGAGGAGGACAUGUUCCGCCUGCGUGGCGGCCUCGCACCCCAGCUCUUCCUGCGCCCCCGGGAGACCGCCCACGUCCCCUUCAAGUACCAGACCUUCUCUGUGGCGCAGGCCUCUGCGGACCUGAGACCUGAGAAGGGCACGGACCCCGGAUCCCCUGCGAAGGACAGCGUGAUGCCCACCAGACACGCCAAGGUGCGGGCAGAGGACAGGCCUGAUUUGAGGUGCACACGCGUCCACGCAGGGGCGGCAGUAUGGAGGCCCGUCCCCUCGGCACCGGCCAUGCCUGUCGGGAGACACCUUUGUCUUGGUAUUUCUGCUCCAGGUGCUCCCGUGGGGAUGCCCGGCGAGGCGCCCCCGGUCCACGUCCGCUGCAGCGACCCGCACGUCAUCUGUGAGACCCAGAGUACGGGUCCGGGGGAGCCGAGGGACGUGUUCCUGAAGGUGGCCAGUGGCCCGAGCCCGGAUGUCAAAGACUUCUUUGUUGUCAUUUACGUGGACCGCUGGCUGGCGGCGCCCGUCCAGAUCUGGCAGGUGCACCUGCACUCCCUGCAGCGCGUGGACGUCUCCUGUGGCCAGCGGACCCGCCUGUCCCUGGUCCUCCGGGGGACGCCGACGCUCAGGAACGUGCGGGCCUUCACCUCGCACCCCCAGGAACUGACGGUACGGCCCUGGGCUGCCGGACUCCUUCGGUGUUCUCUGGCCACUGCCAUUCUCGCCCACCUGGGACACCGCCUCCUGCACCUGAAUGUGGUCGACGUGGACUUCCACCAGCUGGUGGCCUCCUGGCUCGUGUGCCUCUCCUGCCGGCCGCCUCUCAUCUCCAAGGCCUUCGAGAUCACCAUGGCCGCGGGGGAGGGGAAGGGCGCCCACAAGCAGAUCACCUACACCAACCCCUACCCCUUCCGCCGGGCCUACCGCCUGCACAGCGACCACCCCGAUCUGCUGCAGUUCACGGAGGACACCUUCCAGGUCGCGGGCGGAGAGACCUACACCAUCGACCUGCUGUUCGCGCCCAGUCGGAGGGCCGGGGAGCGGGAGGUGCUCAUCCACAUCAACGACCACGAGGACAAGAACGAGGAGACGUUCUGUGUGAAGGUCAUCUACCAGUGAAGGAGCCUCCACGGCCUCCCGGCUUCCAUGGGCCUCUCCGGGCCUCCAUAGCCUCCCCAGGCCUCCUGGCCUCGCCGGGCCUCUGAGGGCCU